AUGCCGCGCGGUGCGCUGUUUGUGGCGGGGGUCAUUGCAAAGGGCCAAUGCUCCGCGGACAGCGCCGGCAUCCUCAUGGAGUGGAGCCUCAGUCCAACACCAGUCUGUCAGAGUGCGAUCAUUGCACAUGACUUGCCAAUAGCGACCAUGGCAUAUGGUCCCUGUGACAACGGCCCACUCAUCACCGCUGACAUGCGAGGGCUGUGCCGGAUUUGGGACUGCACGCCGAGGCUGAGAUGUUCCCAGCAGAUCGAGGCGGCGUACUUAG